ACGUUUCUGAACGAUAUCCCGGGCGAUGAUCAUUGCCGAUGCACAACCUGGACAACAACAGUCUGAACCGUGCUCUCUCCACUCCAGUUCCCUUUUCUUCCUGACCAAGCUGCUCCCACAUCUUCAUCGUCGUCUUUCCCUUCGAAGCCUCGUGAGCCUUGUGUCUCGGACGUGUGAGCCAAUUGCUUACUGCCAAGCGCCUCGCUCGCUCGUAUUUAUGCCGCCUAAGGGGGUCUAGCUCCUGAAUAGCACCAGCCCAUUUCCCUGCGAGGAACGGCGCGAUGGAAGGGAAGGCGAGGGACCUGACCGUAUUGGCUGCCUUUGCUCUUUUCUUCUUCCUGUACUUUCAUCUGCGUCCCUUGCAUGAAGAUUCAAGUUCCUUCGACGACCUGCUGUGGGAAAAUGAGAGGACACGCGACGAACGCCCAAGGGAUGAUAAUGUCGAUCCCUUCGACGGCAACGCACCCGCCAACGAGACUCUCGGUUUCGGCGCGAUAGUCGCUGUGGCCAAGCAGGAUUCCAAGAGAAAGAAGGGUCUACUAGAGGCCGCGAAGGCAACAGAAUUACAGAUCACGAUUCCAGACCAGCCAAAAUGGACGGACGAAGACAUCGAGGCGUUGAAGGACCCAGAGUACUCAAUUGUGUCCAAGGGCUCUGCAAUGGCAUGGCUGGGCCACCUCAACGCCGUCCAGUGGUUCCUCGAUUCUAACCUGACCACGGCACUGAUCAUAGAAGACGAUGUCGACUGGGAUAUUCACAUACGCUACCACCAGAUCCCGCUGGUGGCAGCGCAGAUGCGGUCAUUGCUAGCGGCGAACCCUGCCAGCCCACGAGACCAAUUCAGCGCGAUCCGUGAACACAACAAGGAGCAGAGCUACUGGGGUGACAUGACGCAGUGGGAGGUCCUCUACCUGGGCCACUGCGGCGACAAUUUCGACCUGAAAUACUGGCCGGAUCUUCCCCACAACAUCUUCAAGGACAACACAGUUCCGCGGUUCGACCAGCUGCACCCUGACACGCAGAGGUGGCUGUGGGAGGCUGGAAUUGGCAACAAGCAGCGCAUGGUGCACAAAUCGAAGCAGCCGCUGUGUAGUUUUGCGUACGCACUGAACCGAAGGUCCGCCCAGCGAAUGCUGGCGGAGUUGAGCCACGAGGAGUGGGGUCACGGCACCUGGUCCUUUGAUGUGCGGCUGCUGGAGGCGUGUCGCGACCUAGGCUGGAAAUGCUGGACCGCAAACCCGGAGCUGUUCCACCAUCAGGACGAGCACGACAGCGCAAUUACGGAGGUGAACGGCAAACCGCUCUUCGAACUACAGCCCAAGUACGGGGACGGAAGCACCCCCAACAUCGGAUGCGGAGCUAGAAACGCGUGGUUCUCGACGACGGACCCGCAGAAACUCAAACUCAUCAGGCAGAUCGCCAUGUAUGAGGACGUCUGCACGCUGGAGGACCUGCAGGACAGGAUGUCGCAGCACGAAUUCAAAAAGGACCCCUUGUGACGUGGGAGCUGAUCUCCGGCGCUGGACCCGCUGGUUCGGAGAAGGAUCGAGGCCAUCCGCGACAGAUGCGCAGCCAAGAGCGACGCGCACGGGAAUCUGGACAUGCCCGAAAAAGACAGGCCUGGGGUUCGUGAAUGCAGCUUAACAAGCGAAGAGAAUGGGGGAAGAAGCGCGCCUUUCGAAAAAACUUCAACGUGAUUGAACCACAGCACCCCUUUCAGAGCAGGUGGCGGAGUGCGGAACUGCUCGCCAGGAGUCCUGAUAUCUGGUCAUCUCGAAAACAAACGGUGGUUUUCUUUUCUUUCCUUUCUUCGUUUUUUCUUUUUUUCUUUGUAUUUAUAUUCGGUCAUAGCGGACAGCAAAUAAGCACCCAUAUACCCGGCCCAACGAGGGCCACUUUCUUAAGGCGAAAGAGAAC